GUGAGCAUGCGUGUCUUGUUUUGCACAGGACAGUUGCUGUGAGUUCACCUGGUCUCACAUAACAGUCACACAGAGGCAGGGGGCAGACGGCGGCCUGGAAGAUGUAAACUCAUGGGUCAUCAGACAGCCCUGCACCGGGCAGCUGUUGUGGGAAACCGUGACGCCAUCUCUGCCCUCAUCCAUGGAGGCUGUGCACUUGAUUUACAAGACAAGGAAGGAAACACUGCUUUGCAUGAGGUAUCAUGGCAUGGAUUCAGUUCAUGUGUAAAGCUACUGGUCAAAGCUGGGGCCAAUGUCCAAGUCAAGAACAAAGCAGGAAACACACCUCUACAUCUAGCGUGUCAGAAUGGACAUUCCCAGACCGCUAGAGUGCUACUACUUGGUGGAGCGAUGCCUGACAGCAAAAACAAUGCAGGUGACACAUGUUUACACAUUGCAGCACGCUACAAUCACUUGGCCAUGAUUAAGAUCCUCUUGGCUUCUUUCUGCUCUGUGGCUGAGAAAAACCAGAUAGGAGACACUGCGCUCCAUGUCGCUGCUGCCCUAAAUCACAAGAAAACGGUCAAUCUGUUACUGGAAGCAGGAGCUGACGCAAGCAUCAAAAACAAUACAGGCCACACUGCUCUUGAUAAAGACCGGGACAAUAACAACCGAGAUUUAGCUAUUCUGUUAGCAAAAUCCAACCAGGUAAGUAAUGUUAUUACAUUCAAAGGUUUCCAUUUAGAAGCAGUUCAUUGUCCUGCUCUUUCUAGCAAAGCAUUACUUUUGAUUGAAUAA